AUGGCCCACCAACAAGGAUACCCGCAGCAUCAACAAACGAUGCAGCAACCAAGCAAUGACAGAGAUGCUUUUCCAGGCGGUACUUACAGCAUCGCUCACCGCGACACAAACGCCGUUCUCAAUGUUGAUCUCCAGCAAGGCGCCAUGGUGCGCUCCAAGUCGGGCGCCAUGAUUCACAUGUCCGGCUCUAUCGAAUUAGCCGGAAAGUCCAAGUUCUCUCUAGGAAAGCUCUUUACUGGCGGUAACUUGUAUGAGUCGACGUACGCCGGCCCAGGUCGCGUUGCGCUUGGCCCGACGCUUUUUGGAGACAUCAUUACCCUGCAUGUUGAUGGUCAACAGUCUUGGACCAUUGGCAAAGAUGCUUUCCUCGCUUGCACCUCUGAGAUUUCCAAGAAGAGGGAGACCCAGGGUAUUGGCAAGGCGUUGUUCUCGGGAGAGGACCUCUUUGUCUUUCGUAUUGAGGGUCAAGGCAUUAUGUGGCUGACAAGCUUUGGUGCUGUCGAUCGACUAGAUCUUCGACCUGGGGAAGAUCACAUUGUCGACAAUGGUCAUCUCGUAGCUUGGAGCUGCAAGUACUCCAUCGAAAAGGCUGGCGGAGGAGCGAUGACUGGAAUGAAGACGGGCGAGGGUCUGGUCUGCCGUUUCACUGGCCCUGGAUCGGUUUAUGUACAGACGCGAAACAUGGAUGAGUUUCAGUCAUUUAUUAAGGCAACUGUUGGGGCUUAG